AUGUACGGAAAAUGUGGCGAUAUAAACGCAGCUUUUCGCGUAUUCGAAUCGAUGCCGGAGAAAAAUCUGGUCUCGUGGAACGUGAUUAUUGGAGGCUACGCAAGACACGGGCUUGCGUCACGGGCUUUGGAGGAGUUUGAUAGGAUGGUGAAGGGCAAUUUUGUCCCGGACGAAAUCUCGUUUAUCAAUGUUUUAUCGGCGUGCGUGCAUGGAGGAAUGAUUGAACAGGGCGAGGAGAUUUUUUACGAGACCAUGCAAGUGAAGUACGGAAUGAGAGCAACGAUGGAGCAUUAUUCGUGCAUGGUGGAUUUGUACGGGAAGGCGGGUGAGCUAGAAAAGGCGGAGGAGUUGAUUAAGAGGAUGCCGUUUGAGCCUGAUGUGGUUGUGUGGGGUGCAUUGCUUGGUGCGUGUGGGUUGCAUUCUUGCUUGGAGAUUGGUGAGGCUGCUGCGAAUGGGAUUAGGGAAGUGGAGAAAGAUCAUCCUGCGGUGUACUCGGUACUUUCCAAGAUAUACGGUGAGAAUGGAGCGAGAAGUGGUGUCAUUCGGCUGGAUAAAGUUAUCCGGGGUUGGAAUGCGAAAAAGCAGAAGGCUGGGAGUUGGAUUGAAUCUAAUCCUGGAUUAAUUGGAUAA